CAACCAACAACCAACACAACCAGGAUCUACCUGUAUCAAUCCUCUGUGUACGAGUCCCCUACUGCUACUGAUUGCUCGCGGGCCUCCUGCUUCAUCCAUCGGUCCCCCAUUGCGCCAUAUCCCGCGCCUCUCAGGGCCUUUCUAUUUGCUCCCUCUUCCUGCUCCAACUCCACGUUCCUGGACGUUCCCACCUCCGACUCCUCCUUCGCUUGUCGCAGAAGCCAUCCACCACCUGCAGUAGUCCUCGUCAGGUGCCGAACAACUUUCACUUUGCGCUUCCUCUUUGUGCAAAGUCGAGGUCAAAGCGUGCGCGCGCACAGGGCUCAAGAGGAGGGAGUUAUUGCUUCUCAACCAAACUCCGUCUUACGUCCCAAUUCUCUUCCAGUGGAGGUUUGACUCGUGAGAAAGCCUCAGGCGACUUGCUGCGCCGCACUUUGGAUACGCGCUGAAUCUGAAACUGUGAGAGGAGCCCCGGGUCGUCAGGCUUCUUUCUCAUCUUGUCGCAUGCUCUGCGACAUCUCCAUCGUGGUUUGUUUUGAUCUCAGUACGUCAGGCCCAAUCCUCCGUUGUCCUCUUGUGAACCAAGACCUCGAUUGUACCAUGGCCCUUUCGACCGUCAUCAGUCGCAAGCCAAAAUGUUACCGUACUCUCCAGGCAGUGCUGACUGUCACCACCGCAAAAGGUCCUUCGACUUGGCCAACGACUAUUCUACCACACGCCCCUCCACCCGCCAUGGUCCAACGACCUCAGUCUCGUCGAUAGACCACCAACUAUCUACCUCAUCCUCCAAGAAGAGACGGCCUCCACUUCCGCCAUCUUCGAACAUGCCAAUCGGAGUCGGCUCGAUCAUGUCCACACCUUUCCCGUCGUUCAUGACAGUAGUUGGGGAAACAGACGCAAGCAUACCGAAGGAUCUUGAAGAGUUGUCCAUGCCGGACUCGAUACAAAGCGACACGCAGAUUCUGGUCACCGACGCCAAACCUCCUUCUACUUCUUUUCAGCCGUCUGGUCAACCUCUACAUCACCGAGACAGUGUCACCUCUAUGACGACCACAUCGACGGAUUCUUCACCGACCACUACCAACUCUACCUUUGACUCGCCCUUAUUGACCGAUCCUUCCCCCUCCUCUUCACCCGAGUCAGCAACCUCAAUACCUCCUGUAUCACCAUUCCGAAAUAUAAUGGGCAGGUCGCUACAAGAGCAGCAAUGUGAAUCUGAGCCUCAAAAGGGACCCCCCAUCAUAAUUCCACAUGCUCCCUCAAUACAGCCGCAGCUGCCAAUAGACACGACGAAAAACGUCAAGAACUUGUCGCUGAACAUGAACGCAGUCGCUCUACCUCGGCCAUCAACUGCACCUGGGUUUGAAAGCUCCCACGCGUUUUCCGCUCCUACAUCACCUCUGAAGGACACGCCACGGACGGGACGAAAAAAGCCCACGAAUCUGACCAUCAGAACCCCAGGCUUUCAGCAGCUGUCGUUUUCGCGGACACUGGACGUACCGCCAACGCCCAGCUCAAGACCUUCAUUGCAUCAUAUGCAAUCUUCCCCGUCAUUAGCUUCUCUGGCAUCUCCUACCAAACCACCCUCUCAAGGACUGUUCCUGCAUCUACCCGCAAGCGGGACCAUCCAUUCUGGAUCGGGCUCUGACUCGAGCAAUUCGGCUCAAUCGGGGAACAGCGCGCUUCCAGAGUUGAAAGAGGAAGAUGAAUUCCAUCCUCAAAGAUCACAGGAAACCCAAGAAAAGGGGUACCCAACAGGUCCUGUCCUCAUCUACGAUAGCGGCGUGUAUCUGUACCUCGAACCGACUGCCGACGAAGCAAGCAAUUUUGACACAGUCAUUAAUGUAGCGAAAGAGAUCAAGACGCCGUUCGAGUUCGAGGCCGACGCUCCUAUGCUGGAGAUUUCGGAACCUCAAACCGCCAUUUCUGAGAUAUCAUUCAAGUCGGCUUGGGAAUGGCCACGAGCCAGCGAAACACCAACACCUACCACGCCGAGACCGACGUCAUUCCUACAAAAGAAACAGCCUGAGUACCUGCAUAUACCAUGGGACCACAAUUCGGAAAUAUUGGAGGACUUGUAUAAUCUAUGCCGGGUUAUUGACGAGCGAGUGCAGGCUGGAAAGAAGGUUCUAGUACAUUGUCAACUGGGUGUUUCUCGAUCAGCUUCGCUGGUAAUCGCUUACGGUCUGUACAAGGGUUAUCAGCCGGACUUCCACUCCAUGUACAUGUCGGUCAAGCAACGAAGUGAAUGGGUGGGACCUAAUAUGAGUCUGAUCUAUCAGUUGACAGACUUCAGAUCAAAGGUGGUCAAAGGCGUGUAUGGCGACCACACCUUCAACCCCAAGCCGACGUGGUGGAAGGUGCAAGCUUCGCCUUCUCCGGUCAUGGACACCCCGAUCGCGAAAAAGCCUUUCCAGCAACUGCCUUCACAACCAUGGGAGAGACCAGCAAUGGUAUUUGCUCCCGGUAACGCUGAUGCAACUUCCACCGCGCCUAGUCGACCCUCACUACGCCUAAACAAAGCUCUUCCCCCGGUUCCGCUCUUCCCCAGGAACGAUCCUGUGGAUAUCAUCGAGACACCUGUGAAGCUGAGUCAGAUCUUGAGUAAGAUUGCUACGCCUCCAAAGUCGGAAACGUCAAGUGCAGCUGCAGCCGUUCCUGAGUCACGGAGCCCUCCUCAAAGUGUAUCGCCGCGGCCUCUACCAUUUCGAGAGCGUUUCGACGAUGUACCGCCUGCGUCAUUGUCACCUGAGCCUUCCAAGACUCCCAAAUUGGGACUUAUGACGAGUUCUCCCAUCAUGGAUGUUGCUGCGCAGGACGUACCGGACACUCCAUCGCUCUUUUCGCCGCGAGCAACAGAGUUCAUGGCGUCACCUUUUGGGAUCACAACCGCAGGAGAUCUGGCUGUAGUCCGCCAGACACCACAGCCUCCCAAGACAAAGGGACUGCUACUUCCACACCACAUAUUCGCUUCACCUGCCGAGUCGUCAGGCGAUCAGAUUCCUACAGCAAUUGACCCGAGAAGUCCACAUCAACAAGGAGAAGCUCCCGAGAUAUUGCGAAACAUUGAUGACUUUUUGUAAAGAAACUAUUCCGUUCACAGAUGCAUGUUGGGGCAUGACAUUGGAAUCAUGUCCAAAAUAGAUGGAUAUUGUGAGGCAUUUUUCGAAAAUAGCAUGGCGUUCAGGGUCAAAGUGGAGUAAAAAUUCAUGGGAUUGGGCAGGGCCACGCAUCAAAAGACGACAUGUCCUUGCAGUGACAGGGACGGCGCUUUGUAUUUGUACAAUUAGCCAUGAAUGAAUGUCCCAGACUGCUCAGCAUUGGCGAAGAGCAAACGUGCAUCUGAGGGUGCAUGAUGAUUGAAAGUGAGGAUGCGAUCUGCUGAGUUUAAUGUUCAGAUGGAUGAGAAGAAGAUGGUGGUGUCUCGUCUGCUUCCGAGAUAGGUGACAAACAAAGUCUAUGGGCUUGACUCAUGGGAAUUAUCCAUGUUAGUUUCCAUACUGUCAGCAAAUGGGACUCUGAUACGUUCUUCA